ACAGCUACGCGCUACGAACCUUGCAGUUAGCGCGUAGACUCGGAACGCGCACACGAAUUUACAUAAUCAUUGGUUUUUAAGGUUUUUGAUCUAAGGAUUAAACUUAUUGAAUAUAAGAUGGCGGAAAGAAAGUUUUCAACAUCAACAAUUUUGCUGAGCGUUGCCGCGUUCAUUUUGUUAAGUGAUGUUGCCGCAGAAAAUGAGUGCUACUGGUGCGGCCCUCUAGCGGAACAGGUGCACCGCAGUCGAAGAGCACCACCUUGUGACGCUCCCAAAGCUCAUGUGACAACGUGCGAUGCAGGCUUCCCGCAUUGUGCCAUCGUCGCCACUGCACCGCCUUACGUUGAAUCCAGAUACUGCGUCAAAAUCUAUCAAGAUGAGUGCUAUCUUGAUUUCUGUAAUACCACGAGAACAUGGAAAAUGACAUGCCCGUGCAAAGGAAACCUCUGCAAUGGACAAAAUUCAGAUAGAGAGGAAUCGUCUUUUGCCGAACUUAUCGCUACAACUCAAAAGGCUCUUAAAAGAAGAACAAAAAAGAGUAUUAAGGAACCUUUAGUACGAUCUGUACAAACUGAAGACAAGAACGCUGCGAUGGUUGAUCCCGAUAAUAUAAAUAAAACAGUUACAGAGCCCGGGGUGAACGAGGAUGGCAGCGAUAAAUUUAUGCCAACAUUUAGUACAUCUAGAAUCACUCAUCAGGAAAACGGACAAGGUACAACUAUAACUGGCACGAGUGAAGAGAACACAUCAGAAGAACAAAGUAAACAGUAUAUUGCCGUAGAUGUAACUACGCCUUAUGUGUUAGAAUCCACAAUUGUAAAAAUAUCUGAAACUAAGAAGAACAAUGCAGAAAAUCUGAUUGAAGCUACUGAAAAGUUGCCAACAGCCGAAGCAUUGCAAAGCGAACAUUCUGAUACUAGUGAAAAUGAAGAGGUUGAAAGUACAGUUAGCGACGAUGACGUCACAACAACGGAGGGUGCGUUAGGUACAGAGCAACCCACGCCGCGGGAAAACUCAGCUAGCGGUGUUUACUUUAAUAUUUAUUCAUUGAUAUUAUUUCUAUGUGCUAAGUUGUAGACACCCUUUUUUAGUUUAAAGCUUUGGAGCUUUGGUAGUCAAUAAUGAUCUCACCUGCUAUGAAUUCAAAAAAGCUUCGUGUUGUGAUAUUAGACUAGGCAGAUACCAUAUUAAUUGCUUAUGUAUUGUGAGAAUAAAACUAAAUCAAAAUAUG